UCUCAAUUAGGCAAGGGUGGGUGUGGGUGUGGGUGUGGGUGUGGGUGUGGGGUGUGGGUGUGGGUGUGGGUGGGGGUGUGGGUGGGUGUGUGGGUGUGGGUGUGGGUGAACAGUGAAACAACAAUCACACCCACCAACACCCAUACUCACACCCAAACCCACACCCACACCACACCCCACUCACACCCACACCCGCACGCGCACCCGCACCCACCCACACCCACACCCUAUUUAAUUAGUAAACAUUCAAUCAUAUCUUAAUAGAAUUUAUUGAAUAUCGAACAUUUUUAUUUAUUAUAGACAUCAUUAAAAAACAAAUAAAAAUAAUAGUAAUAUAGAGUCAAAUGUACUAAUUUUGUUGUAAAACAAAUUGACUUUCUCGUAAUCUAUUUAUAAUUACAUCAAAUAUAAUGAUAUGUAGCUUUUCUAAAUAGAGUGAACAUUUCUGCGUUGAUUUAUAUAGGUUUAAAUAAUACAAUAAGUAAUUUCUGUUUCACAAGAGUCUUAACAACAUAAGUAGGGUCGAAUGUUCCUAAUUAUGUUGUUAGGAGUACUUUUUUUUACUUCUCAUUUUAAUGUCAGACAGAAUAUUUUUCAAAGUAGCAUGAGUUAAUGUAUCUCACUCACCCCGGCCUUAUGAUUUAGUUUUUAGUUACCAAUAAAGGCAACAUUGUUCAUAAAAUUUCGUUUUAAUCUGAAAAAACAUUCCGUCUGACCUAAAAAUGAGAUAUUAUACAGAAGUAAAAAAAAGUACUACCAACGACAUAAUUAGGAACAUUCGAUCUUACUCAUGUUGUUAUGACUCUUGUAAAACAAAGAUUCCUUAUUAUAUUGUCAGACACAUAUAGAUCGAUGUAGAAAUGUUCAAUCUAUUUAAAAACAUUAUGAUUAGUUUCAAUAUCAUUAUAGUUAUAAAUAGAUUAGUACAAAGUUAAUUUCUUUUGCGAGAGAAUUAGGUAUAUAAUAUUAUUUAAACAUUCUAUAUUUAAUUAUUAACUUUGUCAAUAAAUAAAUAUCAUUAUUAUAAUUAAUAUUUUAUUGAAAAUCUAAUAUAAAUAAUAAAUUAUUUUAUUUAAUAAAUAGACAUCAACAACAAAUUUAAAAGAAUCAGUUGAACGUGGUCGAACAUUAUUAGAAACAUAUAUUGGAAAAUAUAUAGAUUUUCCAAAAAUUUUAAUUGCAUUUAUUAAUGGUCCAGCCGUUGGUAUAUCAGUAUCAACAUUUGGUUUAUUUGAUGGUGUUUAUUCAUCAUCAAAUGCAACAUAUUCAUUACUAUUUACACGAACAGCACAAUCAGCUGAAGAUAUUCUUUUAUUUGAUCGAAAAUUAACAGCUGAAGAAGCUCAACAACGUGGUUUAGUUACAAAAAUAAUUGAUGAAAAAUUAUUUCAAGAAGAAAAAGAUAAAAUUUGUCAACAUAUAUUAUCAUUACCACGUGAAAGUCUUUUAACAAGUAAAUUAUUAAUGCAAAAAUGUAAUAAAGAAAAUCUUCAUCGUGUUAAUAAUUAUGAAGUUGAAACAUUAAAACAACGUUGGUUAACAGAAGAAUUUGUUCAAGCUAUGAUGGAAUUUAUGAGAGGAAGAAAAAAAAACUAA